AUGAAAGAGGAGCUGCCGCUAGCGCCUUAUAACGUUAAGCUUUUCUGUCGAGCGGGACCGCAAAAUGCAACUUCUCGAACGUCCGAAUGCCCCUCAUCUGCGACAGCGUGUGGCUAUUUUGAAUUUGAAACCAAGGAUCCUGCAGUUCCAAGUGGAAAGAUCGAAGUCCACGAAUGCGUCGAUAACGGGGUCCUUCUGAAGGAAAGCGAGGAAUACGAAGACGAUAUCAAUUCUCAGAGCUUAUUCGAAGAUCUCUGCGGAGCCGUACCCCGAUGUUCAGUCCUCCAUCUCCGCGCCUUGAACACGAAUUUUUUAAAAUACAUCAUUGUGGCCCACAAUAUCAAGCUGAAGCAGAUCGCCAAACCAACAGUAAAGUUUUGCUGUGCCCUCUACCACUCUACUCUAAAUCGACUGGUCACUUCCGGUCGUGAUGUGCUACCUUCCAUCGCAGCUCCACCACUUCGAUGUGGACAAGAACAGUGUGGAGCUGGAGCCAUUGGAUGCUUAAUACACUCUCGCUACGGUAGAAAGUCCGAAUUUGAAGGAAGACCUGCGAAAGUUGAUGGCCGUACCCCACCAAAAGGAGCCCCAAACCAAGAGGAAGAAGAGGAGGGCGAGUAUAUUGAGGAGGCCGCCCAAUCGAGUGACGAGUACGAGGAUCAAAUUAAAGCUGUCGAAUUUUCUUUUGGAGAUGAUGAGGAUACCUAUCUAAAAGGGAUGGACGUCAUCGAGUACGAAGACGUACCCUCGGAAACUGGCGAUGGGGCCACGACAAAGAAGGAAAUAGUACUGUUGCGGAGUGGAGGACCAGGGCCCCGUACCUCCGACCCAGAGCCCUACGUCUCGAUAGAAAAAGAAUACGAAGAUGGUUUCGAGGAGGGCGAGCAAGUGUGCGUCUAUAGGCAUUUGAAUGAUGAGCAGUACCGCUACUGUCUGUUGAUCCAUUCCGAAAAAGACGGCGAUAGAUGCUAUGAGCAUAGAGGGCAUUCGGUAUGCUGUUGCUUUGUGGCGCCAGAUCAAACCACUUGUGAUCCGCACGAUUUGGACCUGGUGGUCCCCGCGCCGGCAUUGAAACCGAAGAAGAAGCUUCUAACAACCGCUACCCCACCAAUCACGCAUCAACCCGACCAAGGAUUGGGCGACGUCCCUUCAGACGAUGACAAUCGUGUGAAAAUCGACCUUGACGUGACAACAACAGUGACGUCACAAAUUCCGGGGACUACGCUGUCGUCGGACAUCACCACCACCCAUAUCACAAGCGUGGGCAAGCCGGCGAAAAAGCGGAAGGGACGGCCACGGAUCACCGCCACGGCGAAGCCCUCGCCAAAUGUGCGGCAAGGCUGUCGCCUCGUCUACGUCGGGUCCCGGUGGAAAGACGGCGGCCAGCUGACGCCACGCUUGGAGUGCUCGGCGACCAUGAAAAAUCUCCUCAAUUCCCUUGUGAUAUUUAUUGCGGUGUGCCAUGUUUGGUGGAAGGCU